AUGGAGGAUCAGCGGCGUUUUGAGGUGAGUGCCCCCCAGGAGGAGAGGCACAGCCUGGACUGGCUGCUGGGAACGGACCCCCCUGACCCCCUGCCUAUGGACACCAUCGUCCCUGUGAGCAGUGACAGAGCAGCAGUGUUCAGCAGAGAGAGUGUGUUUGGAGCCGUGAGUCGAGGUGAUGCCUCUGGGCUCCGAGGGCUGCUGGACUUUCUGAAAGCCACCAACAAACAGUCCAACGGGAAAACAGUGCUUCUGAAGGCCUUGCUGAACUUAAAGGGCGAUAAAAAUGACACCAUUGAAAUUCUUCUGGACAUAGCGGAGAAAACUGGAGAUUUAAAUAAAUUGAUCAAUGCAUCCUACAGUGACAGCGACUAUCACGGACAGACAGCUCUGCAUGUGGCCAUUGAGAGGAGGAGCUUUGAACACGCAAAACUGUUGGUCCAGAAAGGAGCCAAUGUUCAGGCCAAAGCCAGUGGGAAGUUCUUUCAGCUGAAUGAAGAAUUUGGCUUUUAUUUUGGGGAGCUGCCUCUGUCUCUGGCUGCCUGCACCAAUCAGCCCGAGGUGGUGUCCUUUCUCCUGGACAACCCUUACAAACCAGCAAAGGUGACGGACAGUGACUCUGAGGGCAACAGUGUCCUGCAUGCACUGGUGGUGAUCGCAGACAACAGCCCCGAGAACACAGACAUGAUCGCAAACAUGUACGACAAGAUCCUGACAGAGCACCACGCCCUGCACAGGGACAAGCUCAUCGGCCUUGAGGACAUCCAGAACAACCAGGGACUCACACCUCUCAAGUUAGCCGCCAAGCUGGGCAAGAUCGGGCUGCUGAAGCACAUGCUGAAUCGAGAGUUUGAGGACAAAGAGUCUCGUCCCCUGUCCAGGAAGUUCACUGAAUGGGUGUAUGGACCGGUCCACUCGUCUUUAUACGACACCAGCUCCAUCGACACGGAUGAAGAACACUCUGUGCUGGAGAUCAUUGUGUUCGGCAGCCAAAUUCCUAACCGCAUAGAGAUGCUGCAGCUGGAGCCUCUGCGCAGUCUUCUGAAGGAUAAGUGGGAGCGCUUUGCAUCCAAACUCUUUCUAUUUAACUUUGUGGUUUACAUGGUUUACCUGAGCAUCUUCACAGCUGUGGCCAUCAACAGGAAAGAGGGGAAGCCCCCAUUCCCCAUCGAGGAUGUUCCUGAUGACUACCUGCGCAGCACUGGACAGAUCAUCAGUGUCCUGGGAGCACUCUGGUUCUUUUACAGAUCAGUUGUGAUCUUCAAGAGAAAUCCCCCUAAGUUCAACAGUCUCUACAUAGAUGGCUUCUGUGAUAUUCUCUUUUUCAUCCAGGGGGCGCUGCUCUUGCUCUGUAUCCCUCUGUAUGCAUGUGGACUCAGAGCAUAUGUGGGAUUGCAGGUCAUCUCCCUGGCUCUAGCCUGGAUCAACACCCUGUAUUAUGCCAGAGGAAUCAAACAACUGGGUAUUUACAGCGUCAUGAUGCAAAGGAUGAUCCUCAGAGACAUCCUGCCGUUUCUGUGUGUUUAUGCCAUCUUUCUCUUUGGGUUCUCCGCUGCUGUAGUUUCUCUGAUUGAAGAAAACGACCCUGAUGAGGAAGAGUACACCAGCCGCACCAAAGCCUUCGGCAGGAGAGUCACCCCAGAGAUGAUUCUUUGUGAAAAGCCUUCAUACAACGACUUUGGCUUCACCAUUCUGGAGCUGUUUAAAUUCACUAUUGGAAUGGGAGAUCUGGAGUUCACUGACCACGUCCAGUACAAAGAAGUCUUCUACUUCCUGCUCAUCCUCUACAUCGUGCUCACCUACAUCCUGCUGCUGAACAUGCUCAUCGCCAUCAUGGGAAACACGGUGGAACAGAUCUCCAGCGAGAGUGAGAACAUCUGGAACCUGCAGAGAUCACUCACCAUUUUGGACUUGGAAGGUUUUCUGCCACAGGGACUAAAAGACAAGCUUUCCUCGGAACAGUCCAAAAUUAUCGUCAAGCGCAACAAGGAGCAGAGCCAAAAACUGCUAAGAGUGGAGGAGCUCAACUGGACAAAGUGGCGCUCAGACCUCUAUGUGUUUCAGCAGGAAAACCCUGAGAGCCUCCUGACCCCUGAGCCCCCAACCAAAGACAACAUCUUUGUGGGCCGUGGGAGACUGAGAAAGCACCUUUUCACUUUACCUCAUGAUUACUCUUCAAUCGCUAAAUCUACCACAAUCCCAACCACAGCCUGA